AUGACUCCCCGGCACAAGGCACUUCUUGGGGGCCCCGAGAUCUUCAAGGAAGGCGCAGGCGAAGACCGAGGCGAAUUCGCCCGUCUGCAGGCCUUCAUCGGAGCCAUCGCCAUCGGCGACAUGGUCAAGUCCACCCUGGGACCAAAAGGCAUGGACAAGAUCCUGCAGCCUAUGGGCCAGGGACCCAAUUCCAACGCCACCGUGACCAACGAUGGAGCCACCAUCCUGAAAUCCGUGUGGAUCGACAACCCUGCAGCCAGGAUUUUGGUCGACAUCUCCAAGACACAGGAUCAGGAAUGUGGUGAUGGCACGACAUCAGUGGUGGUGCUGUCUGCUGAGAUGCUGCGAAAUGCGCAGAAUCUAGUCGAGGCGAAGAUGCACCCGCAGGUCAUCAUCCGAGGCUACCGCAUGGCUUUGGCAGCCGCCCGUGCCAAGCUAGAGGCACUGGCCAUGGACAACGGCAGCGAUCCCGUGAAAUUCCGCGAGGAUCUCUUGCGGAUAGCAAGGACCACCUUAAGCUCCAAGCUGCUGCAGCACGAGAAGGACCAUUUUGCGACGCUCGCCGUCGAUGCAGUUCUUCGCCUGGGUGGAAAGCCGAAUCUGGACUACAUCCAGGUGCUGAAAAAGCCGGGCGCCUCCCUCAAGGACUCCUUUCUGGAGGAGGGCUUCAUCCUUGAGAAGCGCAUUGGUGUUGGCCAUAAGAAGCUGCUCGAAGAUUGCAAGGUUCUAGUGGCAAACUGCCAAAUGGACACGGACAAAAUCAAGAUCUAUGGUGCUCGCGUCAAGGUAGACUCCCUAGAAGCAGUGGCGGAGAUCGAACAAGCUGAGAAGGAGAAGAUGAAGACGAAGAUAGAGAAGAUUGUCGCACACAAGUGCAAUGUCUUCAUCAACCGCCAGUUGAUCUACAACUAUCCAGAUCAGCUGCUCAAGGAGUCUGGGGUCAUGGCGAUCGAGCACUCUGAUUUCGAUGGCUCUGAGCGCUUGGCUGCUGUUCUCGGAGCAGACAUUGUGUCCACUUUUGAUAACCCGGAGAUGACGACCCUUGGCACGUGCAAGAAGAUCGAAGAGAUCAUGAUCGGGGAAGACAAAGUCGUCAAGUUUUCUGGCUGCUCCAAAGGCGAGGCCUGCACCAUUGUGCUGCGGGGCAGCUCCACCCACGUUUUGGACGAGGCCGAGCGUUCUCUUCAUGAUGCCCUGGCGGUCCUCUUCCAGACUGUGCAGGAGACGCGCGUCGUCUGGGGCGGUGGAGCGAUGGAAAUGGCCAUGUCGCAGGCGGUGCAGGAGAAGCUCACCGAGGUCGGUGGCAAGGAGAGCGCGGCCAUGGAGGCCUUCGGCAAGGCUUUGAUGCAGAUUCCAGUCAUCCUCGCUGACAAUGCCGGCCUGGACUCGGCUGAGCUGGCGGGGCAGCUGCGUGCGGCGCACGCCAAAGGAGAGCACUCCACGGGCCUCGAGUUCAACUCGGGGAGCGUAGCAGACAUGAAGCAGCUGGGCAUCAUGGAGUCUUUCAGGAGCAAAAUGUCGCAGCUUUGCUCUGCAGCAGAGGCGGCCGAGAUGAUCAUCCGAGUCGAUGACAUCAUCAAGAACGCGCCAAGGCAGCGCGACGGCUGA